AUGGCACUGCUCCACCAGCGCACGCUGCGUCCCAGUGCUGCUGCCAGCGCCAUGCUGGGGCCGCUGGGAUGCUGGGCCCGGUCCCAGACGGGCACCAGCUCGGAGCCUGCACUGCUGCCGUUCCCAGAGAUUCGCCUCUCCAAUGGGCCCAGCCGGUGCCAGGGCCGGGUGGAGAUCUUCUACAACGGCUCCUGGGGGACGGUGUGCGAUGACGACUGGGACCUCAUGGAUGCCACUGUCGUGUGUCGCCAGCUGGGCUGCGGCCACCCCAUCACCCUCCCUCCUGCCAUAGCCUUCGGCCAAGGGAGCGGACCCAUCUUCCUGGACAACGUGGACUGCAAGGGCUGGGAGGUGGCCUUGAGCGAGUGCUGGAGCCACGGAUGGGGCAUCCACAACUGCUACCACUAUGAGGAUGUGGCUGUUGUCUGCAAUGAGCUGUCACCCACACAAGCCAGUGAAGGACCGACAAGCAGGACCCUCACAGCCUCAGUGCAGGAUGGGGAAAGAGACGGCAGCAUCCGCCUGGUGAGCGGCACCGAUUCCUGCCGGGGCCGGGUGGAGAUCUUCUACCGGGGGAGCUGGGGCACCGUGUGUGACGAUGACUGGGGCCUGAGCGAUGCCAGUGUGGUCUGCAAGCAGCUGGGAUGCGGCCAAGCCCUGGAUUACAAGAGCAAUGCCUAUUUCGGCUACGGCAAGGGGCUCAUCCUGCUGGACAAUGUCAACUGCGACGGCAGCGAGUCCUUCCUGUCCGCCUGCUACAGCCUCGGAUGGGGCAUCCAUAACUGCGGACACCACGAGGAUGCUGGGGUCAUCUGUGCAGGGCUGGACACAUCCACCAUCACAUCCUUCACCACCUCGGGGGGCUUGGACUAUGAGGAGACGUUCACUGCCACAGCCACAGUGACAGGCAGCAGGGACCAGCCCUCCGAGGCCACCGAGGUGCUCACCACCGCUCUCCUCACUAUCGAGCAGGAAGGCACCGACGUGCGGCUGUCGAGCGGCAAUGGGAGCUGCCGCGGGCGGGUGGAGGUGCGGCACCGCGGUACAUGGGGCACGGUGUGCGACGACGACUGGGACUACCCGGACGCGGCUGUGGUGUGCAGGCAGCUGGGCUGCGGCGCCGCGCUGGCUGCCACCGUGCUCGGCUCCUUCGGCUACGGCAGCGGGCCCGUGCUGCUGGACAACGUGGGCUGUGCCGGCAGCGAGGAGCGGCUGCAGGACUGCUUCCAUCUGGGAUGGGGACAGCACAACUGCGGGCACCAUGAGGAUGCUGGAGUCAUCUGCCAAGAUCCUGACGAUGCUGGAGACCAUUCCCAAGAAGCCACCACUACAACCACCACACUGACCUCAACUCGUCCCAAGGAUGGCUCCCUGCGCCUGGUGAACGGCAGCCACCGGUGCGAGGGCCGCGUGGAGCUGUUCCUGCUGUCUCAAUGGGGCACAGUGUGUGACGAUGCCUGGGACCUGCGCGAUGCCAGGGUCGUGUGCCGGCAGCUGGGCUGCGGUCAGGCCGUGGCAGCCUGGGGGGACGCGCGGUACGGGCAGGGCACCGGGUACAUCUUCCUCGACAACCUCAAGUGCAAGGGGCACGAGGCCUCCCUGCUGCGCUGCUCACACAUCCGAUGGGAUGUCCACAACUGUGACCAUGCCGAGGAUGCCGGAGCCGCCUGCAGCAUCCGGUGA